CUCACAUACAAAAAAAAUAACCCUUAUUUUAUAAUCUAAUUUCUAAAAAAAAUCUCUAUAGCAAUACAUGGCUUCCACAAUGAAGGCAAUGGGCAUGCUCCUGAUCGCCGCCGUGACGAUGAUGGCGGUUGCGCCACCAAGCGAGGCGGCGGUCGGGUGUGGCCAAGUGGUGUCUUACCUGAACCCAUGCAUUCCGUACGUGACGAACAAAGGCCCAAUGGGAAGCUGCUGCAGUGGGGUCAAGGGGCUCUACAACGCCGCCCAGACCACCCCCGACCGCCAGAGCGUCUGCGGCUGCCUCAAAUCCCUGGCCGGCUCGUACACCGGCUUGGACUACAACAAGGCCGCCGCCCUCCCCAGCCAGUGCGGCGUCAGCAUUCCCUACAAAAUCAGCCCUUCCACUGACUGCUCUAAGGUGAACUGAGCUAAAUGGUGAGCAAUGAUGCAACAUCCGAUCUACAUGAUGUAAUAUUAAUAUAUAAAUAAAUAAAUCAAGUUCUAUUUCACUGUGUUAGUGAAUAUGAACUUGAUGCGUAGAUCUAGCUUAAUGGUGAUGUAUCAGUUACUUUUUGAAUGUGUGAUUUAUUAUCGUCCUCUUUAAA